AUGUCGGACAACACCCCCGAUCUCUCCUCCGUCCUAGCAACCCUCUCCGCAUUAUCCAACCAAUCUCAAGCUCAAGUCCAAGCUCAAGCGCACCUACAACAACAACACCCACCACCACCAUAUAUCUCCAACAAGAACACUCAAAAUGUCCCAGAAGACGACACGGACCCCUACGAACCCUCUGAAACCAUCAUCCCCCUAACCCCAUCCCCAAACAUCCCCCACCCCAAACCUCAACCCCAACCCCAGCACCAAAAACCCACCUUCCACCUCCCCAACACCUCCACAAUCACCACCUGGCCCCCUGCGUUGAAAAGCAUUAUGCGCACCCUCUCCACCAACGAAGACCUGCAGCGGAAGAUUCGCUUCCUGAUUCAGCGCCAGCAUGAUCAUGAGCGCCAGUGGUGGACGGGGAGGGAGGCGCUGGUGCGAAAGCAGAAGGCUCGGGUGGAGAAGAAGAAGGAGUUGGAUGCUGUUCUACGGUCUGUGGGCGCGCCGGUUGAUGAGAAGGAGAUUUCG